CUCUUUCCUCUGAACCAUGAAGCGCAAUAAGCAAAUCUACUGCAAUGUUACUGCAACCUCUACGAGAGGUCCAGGAAGUGGUAAAAGAUGCAUUUACUGUGUGGUGAUCUCGUGCUCUGUUCUCCUCGUCCUGUCCCUGAUAGCCAAUGCUCUUCUGGCCUAUUUUUAUGUUAAACUCAAGUGGGCCUCAGACACUUUAUCUGAGCAGGCCAGGAAGUACUCAGCUGAAGACUGUAAAAUCAACCAUGCAACAGUCACCUCACGUGAGCAGAUCAGAAGAUGCUCAGCUGGAGAGCGUCAAAUACAGUACAAAGACAGACUCUACAUUUUCCCUAAAGAUGAAAUGAACUGGAUUUCCAGUAGAAAGAACUGCCAGGAAUUCGGGGGAGACCUGGUGGUGAUCAACAGUAAAGAGGAACAUAAGUUCCUUGUUGGUGCAAUGAACACGUUUAGCAAUUCUCUCCACUGGAUUGGUCUGAGAAAUGCUAAAAAGCAGGGCACGUGGCUAUGGGUGGACGAAACCCCUCUUCUGCAAAAUUGCUCGUGGUGGACGGUUGCGUCAGAGAACAGCGUAUCAGUGAGAGAAGACUGUGUGGGUUAUUACGAUGGGCAGUGGGUGGAUCUGUCCUGUUCAACAUCAGAAAGGAGGAUCUGCGAGAUCAUUUGUACUCCCUGAACUCCCUGCAACUUCUGAUACAAAUUUCACAAAAGCUUUUUUUUUUCUC